AUGCUGCGUAAUCUAUCUUGGCGACUUGGCGACUUGGUCGAGCAGUGUGAAGCACAACCUUGCCGACAUAACAAUUUCGAUUAUCUCUGCCUAAUCACCUGGCUGCAAGAGCAAGCAACUUGCCAGCUGUGCAAGAGUGAUGUCCACGAAGUCCGAUACGAGCUAGGUGAGGAUGGGAGGCAAGGAAAGGUCUACAAACUCACGGGGAGGUCCGGGCCUGAGACGUCGAGUGACCGGGCUGAAGAACGCUUGAGCAGAUCGGUGUACGAAGACGAAACUAUUCAGAGACAACGUUUCGUCUACCGGCUUGACCUCUACUCUCUUCACGUAGGUCCGAACAGGCGACAACCUGCGGCGUCGAGAUACAGAGAGCUGUCACCGCAACUCUUCAUGACGGACCCAGAGCUCGUAUCUCGAGCUAGAAUGUGGCCACGCCGCGAGCUGCGUGUCUUCAAAAUUCUCUAUGCAGACGGCGACUCGCUAGAUGACCACGAUCCCAUCCGCAGACGCAGAGCUGGCAAUGCAGAGUUCUUGCUCAAAUACACCGUUGCCAUUCUCAAAACAAUGGAUUUUUUUUUGAUCCCAAAGUCGCAAUCUUCUGUUGAGCAAUUAUACCUGCCUUGGAUCUUGUUUGGGCAGACGCUACCUAAUUAGGUCUGAGAAAGUUCACGAUGCAAGCCUCUAGCUUCGCAUACUCUGCAAAUCCGUACCGACUUCUUGCUAGUCUUCAUUUGCUUUGCGAGAGAGAUCUGAGUCCUGGUCUGAAUCUUGAAGUUGACUUUCGAUUGGAAGAAAUCCCUCAUUUUUUAGCCUCAUUUUUUUGGAGUUGGCAGGCUUUUAGGCAGUGUGUUGGUAAAGUUGAUAAUACCAAGGGUUUGAGUAAAUCGAUAACGAGUUAUGAUUAGCGAAGCAGACUCGUACCAUAAUAAGGCUCGCUUAUUACACGGACUACGUAAUAUUCUAGGAAAGCUGUGAGUAUGUUAAUUGCUCAGUAUAUAUUACCAAAAAGUAUGCCAUA